AUGGUUAAGAAGAGCACGGCGGAUGUUGAAAUCACACAACAUUCGAAUGCCGACCUCCCAGACCGCGGCCACGGCAGCGACGGCCACAGCACAGGCGCAUACGACUCCACGGGACCCUCCUUGUGGGAUGAAGAGGAGUACCCGCAGGAAGAAGAUCAGGCUGACAACGUGGUGGCAUUGCCGAAGCAAGUAUACGGCAUCGGUAGUAACAGGUACAACGACUUGAAGACGCACCAUGGACAGCUAUAUUCUGGCAUGGCGAUCGGUGGCUCGCAUACAUGGAACUACGAGCCAGGUGUAUGGAAGGAGACUAAGGAAGAACCCGAUCUUUGGCGGAUUGACUAUCAAACCAACAAGCGACGGGCACGUAACGCGCCCAAGGGAAGCGGUGCACCUGUCGGGACAGAGUACCACUGGUUGAUUGUUGGGCACCAGUACGUGCGCAAAGUCGACGCCAAUACCUACGAAACCCACCUGACGGGCUCCAAGUAUAAGCUGGCGCAUAAGUCGGUAAACUCAGGAUCUUGGUCGAUUCCUACGGUGAAAGGUCAACGUGAACGAGAAAUGGAGUUGCUUGAGGAUGCGCAGCGUCGAGUUCAGGGACGGCCUCCUGUGAUAGCGAGUGAGAAGGUCAAGUCCGAUCGGCGAGAGAAGGGGCAGCUAAGUAUCGAUUCCUUGUUUGGCCAAGCAGCCCAGAACAACGGAGGCGCAGCUGGUCCGAAAAAAAGGAAGCGGGCAUGA